AUUAUGAAUGAGUUAUCGCGAGAUUACAGUUGUGGAUAGCGUGCGUAGCAACCGUGGCUGUCCUGCUAUAUCACGCCUCCUUCUUGCGUGAUUUCUAAUACUAACCAAUCAUGUUUCUUCUUGUGUUCCACCAACCAAUAGGAGAUGAGAUGGGCGGGUCUUUUGCUUCGUGUUCCGUGUGAAAACUUUACCGGCUCGGGUGCAAAGUUUCAACCGUCUGCAAACUGGGAACCGUCGGCAGACGAGUCUGGAAUAUCCUGGAAAAGAACACGGUGUAUUCACACGGUUACCGGGCUUAGGGCUUUGUGGAAAAAAAAUGUUUGCGGUUUUCGUCGGGUGUAGAUGAGUGAUGGUGGCGGGCGGCAGAUAAAAGCAGACCGGGAAGGCGCUGUAGCUCGGAUUUUAUUGUCUGUGGGAGCAGUUAGCUUGACGUAGGGUGCUAGCUUGUCGCUGUCCCGGUGACAUCUCAUACAAUUUUUUGGACCAAAACUUGAAUUAAUAGAAGUCAAUUUUUAAAAUGGCUUGCGAACCCAACCGAGCGCGCCUCCUCUGUAUGCUUUCACUGACUUUCGCCUUCUUCGUGGUGGAGGUGGUGGUCAGUCGCAUCACUUCGUCUCUGUCGAUGCUGUCGGACUCCUUUCACAUGCUGUCCGAUGUGAUCGCGCUGAUCGUGGCUCUGGUGGCCGUGCGGUUUGCCGAGAAGACCCAGGCCACCAACAAGAACACGUUCGGCUGGAUCCGGGCGGAGGUGAUGGGGGCUCUGGUCAACGCCGUCUUCCUCACGGCGCUGUGCUUCACCAUCGUGCUGGAGGCGAUCGAGCGUUUCACCGAGCCCCACGAGAUCGACAGUCCCGAGGUGGUCGCCGGGGUCGGCGCGGCGGGGCUCCUGGUCAACCUGCUGGGGCUCUGCCUGUUUCACGGGCACGCCGGCGGAGGCCACGGCCACUCGCACGGCGGGGGGCACUCCCACGGGGGAAAAGGCAAAAAGGGGAAAUCCCAGAAGGCCGGGAACGGAUCUGUUGGAGAAGAGACCAACUACCUGGUGGGGGAUCACACCAGCAACACCAAACCAAGCAGUGAGGUCAGCUGUAAAGACAGCACGGAGGUGCAGAUGAACGGCAACACCCACUUCGACGAGAUGGAAGCGGAGACCGAUUCGUCGUCGCAGCUCAACAUGCGCGGCGUCUUCCUCCACGUGCUGGGGGACGCCUUGGGCUCCGUCAUCGUGGUGGUGAACGCCGUCAUCUUCACAUUUGUGUGGAAGCCCUGUAAGGGCGAAAACUGUGAGAACCCGUGCACCAACAGCCACCUGACUGACCACCGGCACUUGAACCACACGGUAGUGGACCUGCAGGACACGCCCACAAAGGCCGGACCCUGCUGGGUGCUCUACCUGGAUCCCACGCUGUGCAUCAUCAUGGUGUGCAUCUUGCUCUACACCACCUACCCUCUGCUCAAAGAGUCCGCCCUCAUCCUGCUGCAGACCGUCCCCAAGCAGAUCAACAUGCACCGCCUCAACGAGCGCCUGCUCAGCCUGGACGGCGUCCUGGCCAUCCACGACAUGCACAUCUGGCAGCUGGCGGGAAGCAGAAUCAUCGCCACGGCGCACAUCAAAUGCCACGACCCCACGUCCUACAUGGACGUGGCCAAACGGAUCAAAGACUUCUUCCACGACGAGGGCAUCCACGCCACCACCAUCCAGCCCGAGUUCGUCACCUUUAACUCGGAAACUCAAGGCUCUCAGUGCGAGCUCUCCUGUCGGACUCAGUGCGCCCCCAAGCUGUGCUGCGGCCAGAAAACCGCCACUGACUCCAAACCAGCUGCUGCCUCCACCCUGGAGGUGAUCAGCGAGGGUCUGGAGCAGGUUCAGGGCGGACCUCGGACUGAGGCGGAGGUCGCCAGAGAGGUGGAGUCCUCCGUUUGAAAAAGAGAAAACUACCACUUUGUCCUUAAACAUUACUCUCAUUAGUAGAGGGUUUAAUCACCCUUUAUUCACAAUAAGACUUUAUUUUAGUCUUUUUUUUUAAAUGGUUGCUGACCUCACCGACAUUCAUCCACAUGAGCCUUAGUUUCUUUCAAUUGUCUCCUCCUCUUUGAAGCGUUUCCUGCCCACGCUUCCUCGUCGUGACGGUUCUGCAUGUUCGUGCUCCUCACAUCUACAAGGCUGGAGCGAGGCCUUGCAUGAGUGUUCCUCUGUGACGACCCUUAAAGAUGUUUUCUGUGCCAAAGCUUCUCACUGCAGGACUGAGGGAAUCCCUCCCAGAAAUGGACCAUUAUAGCACACAUCAAUAGGCUUUGUAGUCUAUGGACCAUUUUUUUUUUUCCAAUUGCUUAUGCUGUGAGCGAAUCUGACUUUCUACAUCCUCUUGCUGAAAGAAAGUGAAACAAAGUUGUGUAAUAAAUUAAGUUAAGUUAUUAGAAAUGAUCUCUAUAGAUGCUGUUUGAAUAUUUUAGUUAGGAUAUGAAUGAUUUUCUAUCUUUGCUGUUUCUCAGCUUUUAUGAUGAUUUUGUUUUGACGAAAGCCACGUCGACUCGGCUCGCCUUUUAAACAGGAUGCUGUGGUAAAGCACUAGAAGAAGUAGAAGCUUACUUCAACGUGCGUUCAUACAUCUGAAGCCUUGCAGGCCGGAGGGUCAGGUGUGUUGUGAAGAAAAGAGCACUACGCUUUUUUUUUUUUUUUUUAGUGAGACACUAUUUUUCUGUCUGAAUCUUUUAGUUUUAUUUUGAAAUCCUUCAUGAAUGUGUUCUGCACCUUGUCACAAUCCACACUGAGGAAAUGUUCCUGUCGCAUUUUGCAUGAACGAGCUUCGACGGCGCUCCUCCGAGAGCUUUACUUGCUGCUUACCAGCUCCUGCUGGUAUCCUCUGACAUAACUCACGGGAAUGAUUCAUCUCACGGCGUUCGGACAACUCCAGGCUGUUUGCAGAAAUAAAGUGGCUGAGGUGGCCGUUUCAAAGAGCCAGUCAUUCCCGUCAGCACAGGGAUCGUCUAAAGACGAUGCAUCUCCACUUGAUGUUCGAUGUGUAUGCAAUAUUAACUGUGUGCUGACAGAUGUAUUCAACAUUUAAAAAUGUUUGGUCACUUUUCUUGUCAUUUAUGACUUGGGCUCUGUGUGCAAAUUGAAAAGUGUUUUUAUUUUAUUUUGGAUAUGACAUGUCAGCUGAUGUGUUUUUGAUAUAAAUGCAUAUAUAUAGAUAUAUAAAUAUAUACCGUAUCUGUCCUAUGUGUCUUUGUGAAAUAAAAUGACUGUUUGGUACAGUUUAAUAGAAAA